AGUGUGUGCCUUCGCUAUUAAGUUCCUGAAUCGAGUUAUUCAUAUUGCGAAUUGAGAUAGCAGCCUGCCGUGGUUCUUCGCCGGAACUUAAGAAUUGCUGCCUCUGCUGAACGGUUUCGGAAUAUUUUUUAACGGGAAUAAUACUCGAUUUUGCACUGCCUGCUGACCAAGCACGAUCUCCAUAAAACAUCUGCAUAGUGGAAAAGGUUUCUAAUUGACCCCAACUGUCAAGCUUAAAAACUCCGCUUGUACAAUUACCCUGUAGAAAACAUUUUGUUUGAACCUUUCUUGAAUAGGUUCCCUAAUUUCACCAAAGUACAUGUCACAUGGCCACUGCAUUGCAAUACACUGCAGAGCAACUGAACUACUCCAGGAUAUCCUAUGUUGUCACGAAUAUACUCACGGACGGUCUACGAACAAUCUUCAAACAGGAAUGGGACAAACGCUACAAAACAACGCUAGGAGAAUGGAAAGAUGAACCGAAAAAUGGACUGGACUUCUGGAAGGGUGAAUCCCAUCGAAACAGAAAGAAAAAUGCCCAUCUGUUGACAACCAUGAAGAAUGGCAAUAGAGCUGAAUGGGAUUGUUCCAUGCUCUUUUAUGCCAUUCUGUAUUCAGAUUGCCUGAAUAGUCUCAAUCCAACAGUGCAAUCAAAUGUGGAUGACCUCAGGAAAUUUUGAAAUGAAGAAUUUGCACAUGUACCACAUGGCCAUCUUUCUAACAUUAAAUUUAAGAAUGAUAUUCUCAAAGUCUACAAUGCAUUUCACAAUCUUGGUCUUGCCACUGCAAAAAUCAAAGAAAUCCAAAAUCAGACAAGCUUUCCAACAGAGGAGUUAGGAGAGGUUCUGAGGAAGGUAGAUGACCUUAAACAAGAAGUUUAUGAGAAAGAAAACAAACUCCAAGAAAAAGAGAUGAAACUCCGAGAAAAGGAAAUGGAACUUCAAGAAAAGGAAGGACAACGACAGGUUUUGGAGGAACAGUUACAAACUGAAGUCUCUCCAUUUUGCAUUCUUCCUUCUGCACCUUCCCACGAUGUUGCACCCUGUACUCGUCAGGUUGCUGAAAUAACACAGCAGCUCAAAGCACUCAAAGGGGCUAAUGAAAACUGUUUAAGCAUCCUGUAUCUAUCAGGAAAUCCAGGAAGUGGGAAAUCUCAGUUGUCCCGUUUGGUAGCCAAGCAAUUCUAUGAUGAAGUUGAAGACUCGACUCUCAGUACUUCAUUCGUUAUGGCACUAAACGCGGAAAACACGGGAGCUCUUAUGGAGUCGUAUGUCUCUUUUGCACGGUAUUGUAAAUGUCCUGAGUAUGCUGUUACAAACACCCUCAAAUCCAGAGAGAUGGACACAAAUGAGAAAAUUACUAAUCUCAAGGCCUUAAUAAGCACCAAAAUUGAGCUUUUUGCAUCCUGGCUGCUGGUGGUUGAUAAUGUUGCUGAUGCAUUUGGCAUACAUAGUCAUUUACCAGAUGCAGGGAACAAGCAAUGGGCAAGAGGCCAGAUGCUCAUUACAACACAAGAUACUAUGUCCAUCCCAUUAACAAGCUCUUGCAUACAACAUGUCUCAAUCAGCAAAGGUAUGGAUCUUGAAGAUGCCAGAUUUUUGUUGAAACAGCUUUCUGGUGUCACAGAUAGUGAGAUGGAAAAAGAAGUUGCACAGGUAUUAGACUACCAACCUCUUGCCAUGGCAAGUGCUGCCACAUAUGUCAGAGAAGUUGGACAAAACAAGGCAGCUUUUGGUUGGAUUGACUACUUGAAGAAAUUGGAUAAAGGGAAACGGAGAAGUACAGAGAGGAUUCUUGCUGAAACCAACUCAAGUUACCCAAAAUCCAUGACAGCUGCAAUAACACUUGCUGUAGAGAAGGCAAUGACAUGUGACAAAGUUAUUCAUCACACAUUCUCUUUGCUCUCCCUGUGUGCAUCGCAACCGAUACUUCAAGACAUUGUCACCCGCUACAUUACAGAAACAGAUGAAGAAUUUCAGGAUAGAGAAAUGGUUGUGGCAAAACUCAGCCGAUGCCCACUGUUGUUAUUUACAGAAGACGAGGGCUGUGUCUACAUUCGAGUCCAUAGAGUUGUCCAUGAAGUCAUCAAUACUGUAGUAAAAUGCCAUACCAAUGAUGAACACCUUAAAGUCAUCCAUGGGGCCAUUGCAUCAUUUUCACAAGCCAUUUACAAAGAAACUGAUGCAUCCAAGAUUGGGCAAGACUUAGAUCCGAUAUUCCUCUGCAAGAACAUAGUCCCCCAUAUAAAAAAUUUGAUCACUGAAACAGAUCCAUUGUUUUCUGAGCAAGGAAUCUCAGAAGUUACCAAAAGUGGCAUAGUUACAGUGCAAGACUUUACUGAAAACUUUCUAACACUCGGAGAGAUGUGUAUUGAACACUGUGAACUAAAGACAGCACUAAAGUGCUGUAAUGUGGUGUUAACCUUUGUCAACUUGGGUGUGGUAGGUUGCAAUAAAGCAAAGGCAGCAGCUUACAGUGGCUUAGGUAGGGUGCACUGUGACCUGGGAAAACUAGAGCAGGCAAAGGAUUACUUUUUACAAGCAUUGGACAUCCAUCUGAGAAAUUUUAGAUUAGACCAAGUUCAUGUUGCCUCUUCUUACAAUAACCUUGGUCUUGUGUGCAAUAGGCUUGGUGACCUGCAGCAGGCUAAAGACUUUUACCUGCGUGCAAUGGACAUUCAAACAAAAAUUCUUAGCCCUGAUCAUGAUGACAUUGCAACUUCUUAUCACAACCUAGGUGUUCUACAUCGUGACCUUGGUGACUUGAAGCGGGCAAAAUUCUGUAUAAUGCAUUCACUGGUUUUACGUAUCAAACAGCUUGGAGUUCAGCAUGUUGAUGUUGCAUCUACGUACAAUGAACUGGGUCUUGUGUACAAGCAUCCGGGUAAAAUAAAGAAGGCAAGAUACUACUAUGAAACUGCACUCAAUAUAUAUAUGUGAAAAAGCUUGGGCCUGAGCAUGUCGAUGUGGCAUCCACUUACAAUAACUUGGGUAAUGCACAUGAAGCAGAAGGUAACUUUGAGCUAGCAGCAGACUAUUAUGCCCAUGCAGUGGACAUUUGUUUGAAGAAGUUCGGACCUGAGCAUGUUUAUGUCCAAAUGAUUCAAACAAAUUUAGCUGAGCUGCAGGACAGAAUGGAGAGAACCCCAUGUUGCCUGGCUUUUCUUUCAAGGAGGAUAGGACCUACAGCCUUAUCUUCUUAAUAAGCAUGAGGGUAAGACAAAGAUAAACUUUACUUUUGAUUGGGAUACAAGGCAUAGGGUGCGUAAAAUAUGUACUAGUCUUACAACCUUUGAAUUUCCACACCCCUCCCCCUCCCCCCACGUCCCCCACAAUGUUUGGAAUAGCUUUCUUUGGUAAAAUGUACCAGUAGGGGUUUGUCAAUUUUUUCAGUUGAACAGCACAAAGAUGCCUCUUUUUGUAUUGACUUCACUGGAGUUCUGUUUUUGUAGACAAGUGAUCCAUGUAAUCAUCAGAGUUCAUCUAACUAAUAAUUUAGUAAGACCUUACUGUGUCACAUUUGAAACUACUGAGUUGAAAUUGUCUAUGAAAAAGGAAACAUACAAAAAUCAAGGGACUGCAACAUGUUACAAUGGUACAAAACAAACCUUCAUCAUUUUAUAUUUUCACCAUCUUUGAAAAGAGUGCUUUCCAAUCAUGCAAGUCUCUGCAGGACUACAACUUUCACCAGCACACAUUUGAGAAAAUAUGAUAUACAUUUUAUCAAAGUAAUCAAGCUUCCAUCUGACAGGCAUGGUCUUGGUUAAGUUAUUGACAACAACAAAUGAAAAGCAAAACAAUCAUAAGCUGCAAUCACUUUAGAGCACAAAGAGUAUUCAACUCUUUCCUGAGGGGUUUAUAAACUGUACUCUUUUUUUCAAUAUUUGCAAGAUAAAUUCUUUAACACUUCUCUGACUCAUUAAUAUGGAUCUCACUGUCCAUUCUUGUUACAAACCCAGCCUACACCUCUAAACAGACAAGUGCAUCUCCUUAAAAAAAUGACUGGCUACUUGUAUUUUUUUUUUUUUUUAAGUU